AAGAGUCUCACGCUCUACCGAUUGAGCUAACCGGGCGUGGCUCUUAUUGGUUGGGAGCCGUGACCUCAGUUGCGUACUGGUGCUGUCGGAGUUGGAGAGAUUCAGUCGCCGUUCGGGCAGUUUCUGAGGGAGAUGUGAGAAAGCAAAGAUGAUAUUGAUGCUUUUCUAACCCUUUUCACGAUAGCUUUGAGACUCGAGCGGGGUAAUAGAUGCACCGCCUUUGAGGCUGAUAAGUGUGACAGAUUGGGCUGAUUCCUGCUAUUUGAGAAAACUCAUCUCUCUGACGAUGUGUUAAAUGUCCUUUCAACCAUUAUCAUCUCCUAACUUACGUGAUUCUAGUAACCAAUGUGAGACACGCCGGUUCUUGGUGAUGUUUCUUGCUGAUACAUCGAUAGCAUAAUGAAUCCCAAGAUCGAAUGCCAGUGCGGCGCAGUCCAAAUCACAGCCUCACGACCCCAACCCCUCAGUGUUUACUGCUGCCAUUGUACUGAAUGUCAGAAACAAUCUGCUUCUGCCUUUGGUACAUCAGCCAUCUUCCCAGCUGACGACAUGUGGCCUCUCUCUGAAGAUGUCCUGUCCAAGCUGGGAGUCUGGAAGCGACCUACAGACGAGGGAAAUACCCUGGAGUGCUACUUUUGCAAGACGUGCGGCGUGAGGGUCUUACAUCGUAGCGUCUUGCCGGACGGCCAAGGCAAGCCAUAUCUGUCGGUGAAAGGGGGUUGUGUCGAGGGGUUGAGUUGGGAGAAUGCGGAGCAUAUUUACACUCGGAGCGCUCGUGUUCCUGUGCCUGAAGGAAGUUAUCAAACGGUGCCUGGAGCACAGGAUUAAAUUUUGAGCAUCGGAAGCAAUCAAGCUUCACCACAGGGCCUUGCACCCGUAAGACCAGAAGAAUGUUUGAACAAGUUUGUAGAAAUGAUUACAAUUAUGAUAACCUCGCGUAUCUAAUACGAUGAUAUUACACGCCCGCGG